UUUGCGCUUCUGCAUCCGUCGGACGUCAAUUUUGUACGCCGUCGCUGCAGCUGCUACAAGUCCAUCUUCCAAGAUCUGCUCCGUGGUCUUUCCUUCCUAGUAUUAACCAACCCCGUCGCUCUGCUCGUCUCGCUUGGUGUCCGGUUUCCCUCUCUUUGGUCGCCGCUUGGAACCCUACUUCGGCAUCCGAUUAGCAGUUUUCCACCAUGCGACGUUGGAGGCUGAAUCGGAGCAGAGCUUCUUCUUCCACGCUAGUGCCUGUUGAUGCGACUUUCACGAUUGAUGAUGAGAUAUCUCAACUUACGAAGCUCCAAUCGGGACCCUGUACAAGUAACCUUAAGGCUCUAAGGAGCUGCCGGAGAAUGCCUAUCCCCACAACUACAAUGUUAUUGGCAAGGGAAGCUAAUUAUUCUGGACAGGGAAGGUUCUCGUCAGCCGAUUGCUCACAUGUUCUUGGCCGGUACCUGCCUGUGAAUUCUCCAAGUCAAAUAGACAGGAUGAACAGUGAAGCAUAUGUGUCGCAAUUCUCCAUUGAUGGUUCACUUCUUGUUGCAGGAUUUCAGGGGAGCCGUAUUAGAAUUUACAAUGUUGACAAUGGAUGGAAAGUACAGAAAGAUAUAAAUGCUCAGAGUUUGAGAUGGACAAUUACAGAUACAGCUCUUUCACCUGACCAACGGCAUCUUGUUUAUUCUAGUCUCACACCACUUGUUCAUAUUGUUAAUGUGCGGACCGGGAUGACAGACUCACAAGCUAACAUUACGGAAAUUCAUGAACAUUUGGAUUUUUCUGUUGAUGGCGACAGAGACUCCUUUAAUAUAUUUUCCAUAAAAUUUUCAACCGAUGGUCGAGAGCUUGUUGCUGGAGGCAGUGAUGAUUCAAUAUAUGUGUAUGACCUGGAGGCAAACAAGUUGGCAAUGCGCAUUAUAGCUCACACCGAUGAUGUAAAUACAGUUUCAUUUGCUGAUGAAACUGGCCAUGUCAUGUUCUCCGGUAGUGAUGAUAAUCUCUGCAAGGUUUGGGACAGACGAUGCGUUGCAGCAACAGGAAAUCCAGCAGGUUUUCUCGAAGGUCAUCUAGAAGGCAUUACGUUUAUAGAUAGCCGUGGGGAUGGCCAUUACUUCAUUUCAAAUAGUAAAGACCAGACUACCAAACUUUGGGACAUUAGGAGAAUGUCCUCCACUACUAAAUCCCGAACUCCGAGAACUUAUUAUGACUGGGACUAUAGAUGGAUGGACUACCCAGCUGAAGCAAGGAAUCAGAAGCACCCAUGCGAUCGGUCUGUAGCUACAUAUAAAGGGCAUUCAGUCUUGCGCACUCUGAUACGCUGUUACUUCUCCCCUACACACAGCACGGGUCAGAAGUACAUCUAUACAGGAUCCUUCGACAAGUGUGUUUAUAUCUAUGAUGUGGUAACUGGAGCAAACGUUGCAAAACUCGCCUGGCACAACGAUGCCAUUAGAGAUUGUAGCUGGCACCCCUAUUACCCAGUGCUUGUCAGUUCUUCCUGGGACCAUGCUGUCACCAGGUGGGAGUUCCCAGGCAGUCCUGCCGAUUCCGCCGUGAAGAGGAAGACAAGCCAGAGGAGACGUGAAGGGCAUCCGUGACAACAAUCCGUUGUUUGGGCCUCACUUUAUUUGUAAAGCAAAUUGUGUAUCGAAUUUCGUCGCCUUGGUCUGUAAAAAGUUCUUCCCGUCAUGGUGUAUAUCCACCAAAGUCUUAACUCUGAUGAACAUGCAGACAUAAGAUGUUAGAAACAUUUCGAUUGCUGAUUUUUUA